ACCAAUCAACAUGCAAUCAAAAUUGCUAAAGAAGAAUCAAGUUCGUUAAUUUUUUCAGUUUGGUCCUCACAGAAUUGAUCAGAGAUACAGUUUGUACCAAAAACAUGGCUUCUCUUGCAACCUUUGCAUCCGCCAAGCCCACCGCCGUCAACGGCCUCGCCGGAAGUUCCCUCGCCGGAACUAAGCUCAUUGUCAAGCCUUCUCGAGUCAGCUUCAAGCCCACUAACUACAGGAGUGGUGCUGUGGUGGCAAAGUAUGGUGACAAGAGUGUGUACUUUGACUUGGAGGACAUCGGCAACACCACCGGUCAAUGGGACUUGUACGGCUCCGAUGCACCCUCACCGUACAACCCACUUCAGAGCAAAUUCUUUGAAACAUUUGCUGCACCAUUCACAAAGAGAGGUCUAUUGCUCAAAUUCUUGAUAAUAGGAGGUGGGGCCACCCUUGCCUACGUCAGCUCCCAAGCAACGGGAGACGUUUUGCCGAUCGUGAGGGGCCCACAGCUCCCACCCAAGCUCGGCCCGCGUGGCAAAAUCUAGAUUCCUUGGGAUCUAGAACAUUCCACUCCGAUCCCAUUGGUUGUUGUUGUUCGACGUUUUGAUAUUUCGACACCUUUUGUAAGUAAAAUUCAAAGCCUACUACUUUGUGACACUACUGUUAAAUCAUUUAUGAUAUCUUUCAGUUAGAUGUUUAUUUUC